CUUUUUGACCCGACGGUAUUACCACCGAAGAGCUCGCCGCUGCCGCCCUUGUAAGCCGUAUUGGCUGCAGAAUAGACUUUCCUCCCUACACCAGUUGGAAGUAGCCGGUGCGCGAGACUACUCGUGUAGACGCAGGGUCCGUUAGCGAUGGCCGACUACGAACGUCGACCUCAUGGCGCCAGGGGUGGGCGCAAGAGGCGCUACAGAGAAGAUGAUGACUAUGACCGCCGCCAGAGACGUCGAUAUGAAGAGCCACUUAUUGUCAAGGUCCGGAGACAGCUGCUUACGAUCGCUGAAUCUGCUGCCAGAAGAGCAGAGGAUGACGCUAUAAGCAUCGCGAAAAGUGUGGCGGAUAACUACGGGGAUGAGGAAUUCAGGAAUUCUUUCGUUGAGAUCGCCCUUGACCUUGCCCUCGAGCAGCCGUUAAAAAUUCCUUUCAUCGCGGCGACCGUCCUUAUCGCCAAUUUCCAGAAGCCCGAACUCGUGUCCGAUGUCCUCAACAGGUCAGGUGAAUGCUUGCAGAAGUACGUUGAUGUUGGCGCGUGGCGCGAAGUUAAGCUCCUCCUGCGGCUCCUGGGCUGCCUUCAAUGUGUCUUUGAAGGUGAUGGCAUCUUCCCAGUGCUAGAGGAUCUCUUUGCGCGCGCCGUUGACCUCCAAACAGCAUCAUCAGAAGAUCUGCUUGGCUUGGAGCUGGUGAAAAUCAUCCUCUUUACUAUUCCGUAUGUGAUGGCCUCGCCAGCAGCCGGUUUCGAGUCCCAGGCCACAGCACUCCUGGAAAAGACGGACAUCAUCGCGUCCACACCACAUGCCCUUGUGGACCUGGUUAAUCCUUUCGGCCCCGAGAACGGUAAGCCAACUGCUAUGCAAAGCGUCAUCAGCCUAGUCCAGAAUCAGCUGCAGGGAGAGUCUGCCCAGGGUUGGGCGCUCGCGUGCCUCCCUCGGCCAUGGAGGGGGGCGCUAGAGGCACUAAAUGCACAGAGAGCCGAGGAAAUGCAGGAAACACAAGAUGCACAGGAAGAGGGAGCAGAGACGAUGGAAGCAACUGAGGCACCCGAGCCGAAGACCUAUGAAAAUGGGCCGAAACAUGUCUUCCCCCAGAUCAAUGUUCCGAGUCCGGUGAAGAACGGAACAAGAGCGAUUUUCCCGGAGGUGUACCUCUCCGUAUAUGCAAACCAAGACAUUGAGACGGUCCCUCCUACAUCAGACAUCUCUUCUUCGUUGCUGCGCGACGCCCUUGUCGAUACCAUAAACAUCCUCGACUUCAAUCGCAUUGCAACUGCAAAAUUCUUGAUCGAUGUCGAUUGUUAUUUUACACCAUAUACCUUCGUGAAGCGCGCGACUCCUUUUGAUCGACUACGUGAUUUGCCUGGAGACACGCAAUGGAAGCCCGAGGACGUUGCUGUGGAUGCCGUAUUUUCUCAACUAUUCCAGCUACCUUCCCCCGAGCAUAAGCUAGUUUACUAUCAUUCGGUUCUUACGGAGUGCUGUAAGAUCGCUCCAGCCGCGAUUGCACCUAGUCUGGGGCGUGCUAUUCGCUUCUUGUACCGCAGUCUGGAGACGAUGGAUUUGGAUUUAAGCCAUCGAUUCUUGGAUUGGUUCGCUCAUCAUCUGAGUAACUUUGGGUUCACCUGGAAAUGGAGUGAAUGGAUCGAGGACUUGGAGCUGCCUCUCGUGCAUCCGCGGAUGGCUUUCAUUACCGGCGCCCUCGACAAGGAAAUCCGACUGAGCUUUGCACAGCGCAUUAGGGGCACUCUCCCUGAUCCAUACCAGGACCUGAUUACGGAAGGGAAAGAGAAAGAUACACCUGACUUCAAAUACUCGUCCGACACUACGCCAUAUGCCAAUGAAGGCAGAGAAAUCAUGCAGCUUGUCCGCAAGAAGGCAGGCGAUGAGGAAAUCCAGCCGGUAAUUAGUGCCAUUGAAGAACAAGCCAGCUCGCUGGGUGUUGAUGAUCCGCUGCUGCCAUCGACGGACGCCUUUGUUACGGCUAUUUGCUUUGUUGGUUCCAAAUCCCUUUCUCAUGUACUGUCCUGCAUUGAACGGAACAAGGAACGGCUCCUGGCAAUUGGCCCCCAAUCCCCCCGGGCGCGUCGUCAGAUCAUAACCUCUGUCAUGGAGUAUUGGGUCGAUCAGCCUGGCGUUGGUAUCAACAUCAUCGACAAGCUUCUCAACUACACCAUCUUGACCCCACUCUCAGUCAUUGAAUGGGCGCUGGUGGAUAAGCUAGAGGCAGGAACUGUCCUUGCCGAAUCUCACAUCUUCGAGAUGAUUUCCGCCACGGUCGGGAAGGUCACCAACCGCCUACGACAGAUCGUCGCCGCACGUACCCAGCCGGGUCUCUACGAGCCUCAGCUCAGCGUUCUCGAUGAGACCCUCAAUCGCGAGAAGGUCGAUAUGCAAGCUCUAUUCAGGGUGAUCGAAGACUCUAUCGUGUCAGUCGCCGGUGGAAGCAACGACGAACUGAUGGAAAGAGGAGACGGAAGUGGCAGCCUGCCCGAGGAUGAGAUCAUUCGGCAAUGGGGCCAGCGCUGGCUAAGAGUGUUCCGCAGGAAAGCCGGAGUCGAGGAAUCCUUCAUUGCUGACGCCAUGGCUGCAGCGACCCCCGUCGGCACGGUCGCACCCCCUCACGCCCUCGAAGAGACUGUUUCUGAGAAUAUUCCAGCAGAUGGGGAAAUGGAUGUUGCUGAAGCCGAUGCGAGCGUGGACCUCUCGUAAAGAAGCUCCAAUCAUAUCUACUAAGGGAGGUUCCAUGUAUCUCGUUUGGGACAGUCCGUUUCCUUUCUGUAUUCAUAGGUACAUUCAACUUAUCUCGACCAAUUCAGCGGGUAGGGCGUUCAAAAAAAAU